CCCGACGCAAGAAAAACCAACUGAACGGAACAGAGAGAGAGAGAGAGAGAGAGAGUUCUUUUUUUCUCGCUCCGUUUCUUCGGAGAUUUUCUGUCCGGCAUCACCACCAAGAUGCCAGAUGAAAAUUCAAUUCCAUUUGAUCGAGAUGCAGAGCCUUUUGUUGAGGUCGAUCCAACUGGAAGGUUUGGACGAUACAAUGAUCUUCUUGGGUCUGGAGCAGUGAAGAAAGUUUAUAGAGCAUUUGAUCAGGAGGAAGGAAUUGAGGUUGCUUGGAAUCAGGUUCGAUUGAGAAAUUUUAGUGGGGAUCCAAUGUUCAUUAACCGCUUGAGAUCUGAGGUUCAGCUGCUGAGCACGUUAAACAACAAGUAUAUAAUUGUUUGUUACAGUGUUUGGAAUGAUGAUGAGCAUAAUACGUUGAAUUUCAUUACCGAGGUGUGCACAUCAGGAAAUCUGAGGGAAUAUCGUAAGAAACAUCGACAUGUGUCAAUUAAGGCCUUGAAGAAGUGGUCAAAACAGGUACUCGAGGGAUUGGAUUAUCUUCAUACUCACGAACCUUGCAUUAUUCACAGGGACCUCAACUGCAGUAACAUAUUUGUCAAUGGUAACAUUGGGCAGGUUAAAAUAGGCGAUCUAGGUCUUGCAGCUAUAGUUGGCAGGAGUCAUGCUGCACAUUCAAUCAUAGGAACACCAGAGUAUAUGGCACCAGAGCUGUAUGAAGAAGACUACACAGAGAUGGUGGAUAUAUACUCCUUUGCGAUGUGUUUGCUCGAGAUGGUUACAAUGGAGAUACCAUACAGUGAGUGUGAUAGUGUUGCGAAAAUAUUCAGGAAGGUGACAACUGGAAUAAAACCCCAAGCAUUAGACAAAGUGGCUAAUGAUGAAGUGAGGGCUUUCAUUGAGAAGUGCAUUGCACAACCAAGAGCAAGGCCUUCCGCUUCCGAACUUCUCAAGGAUCCCUUCUUUGACGAAGUUGGGGAUGAAGAUUCUGAGCAGUCUUAAUAAAGGGGAAGCAUACUUUCUAAUUGGCCAGCAUUUAACAGUGUUUCCUCUGCCUGUGCUACUACAGACUGAGCAACAUGAAAACUACAAGUAUAUGAUUCUCUUUUACCUACUGCAUUUCAGUUUCGGCCAUUUCUGUAAUUGAUUUCUUAUCACUGGAUUUCUAGUUCAAUGACUUGGUAUCUAUGCAAUGAAAUCUUCUAUUAUCAACUUGGGUUGGA